AGUCCGAAACCUUAACUCAUGUAGUCACAACGCUUGCAAACAUCAAACGGAUAAGAUCAAAAGUAAAAACCAAAGUGAAAAGAAUAUUUAGAAAUAUUUACCAUUAUUACCAAAGUAAACAGUGAUUAAAUCAAAUUUAAUAAAAAUGGACGCAGAAAGAGCUCAUAUUGCUAUGGAUGCAUCUUGAAAGAAGAUUCAACAGAAUACCUUUACACGUUGGGCCAAUGAACAACUCAAGACGGCCAAUAGUUCAAUAGAAAAUUUGGAAACGGAUUUCUCGGAUGGUCUAAGACUGAUUGCCCUUGUGGAGGUGUUGUCCCAGAAACAUGCUCCGAAACACAACAGGAAUCCAACAUUCCGCACCCAAAAACUGGAGAAUGUAUCAAUUGCAUUGAAAUUUCUUCAAGAGGAAGAGGGCAUUAAAAUUGUCAAUAUUGAUUCUUCGGAUAUUGUUGAUGGCAAGCUGAAACUGAUAAUGGGAUUAGUCUGGACACUUAUUAUUCACUAUUCGAUUUCGAUGCCAAAGUGGGAUGGUGAGGAUGAUCAGGUUCAGUCGGGUGCAACACCUAAACAACGCCUUUUGAACUGGAUACAAUCUAAGUUACCCGAUAUGCCCAUUAAGAAUUUCACCCAUGACUGGACAACAGGUAAGCCAGUGGGAGCUUUGGUGGAUGCCUGUGCUCCUGGUCUAUGUCCCGACUGGGAGCUGUGGGAUCCCAACGAUGCAGUGGCGAAUGCCACUGAAGCCAUGACUCUGGCCGAUGAUUGGCUUGAUGUGCGUCAGUUGAUCAAACCAGAGGAACUGGUUGAUCCCAAUGUGGAUGAGCAGUCCGUCAUGACAUACUUGUCCCAAUAUCCCAGUGCCAAUUUGAAGGAAGGUGCUCCACUGCGACCUAAAUCAGAUCAAAUCUGCAUUUCCAGCCCUCCUUCGGUUGAUGGAGUGCGUGCAUAUGGACCUGGCAUUGAACCCGUUGGCAUUGUGAUUGGCACAACUGUCAAGUUCACAGUGGAAACUCUCGCUGUGGGUCAAGGUGAUGUCGAUGUGGAUAUUGUGGAUCCUAACGGAUAUAUUGAGCACGCCUAUGUGGAGGGUAACAAUGACAUGAAUCUCACAUAUACGAUUUCUUAUAUGCCCAAGCUAGAGGGUCAACACAAGGUCAUUGUCAGGUAUUCCGGUAUUGAAAUACCCAAUUCACCGUUCUAUGUAGAAGUUGUACAUCCUGUAGAAGUUGUAGAAGUUGCACAUCCUGUAGAAGUUGUACGUCCUGCAGAGGUUUAUCCGAAUUUGGAGGAUUGCAAUGAUAAAUUUUUAGACCUGCCCAUCGAGUGCAACAGCGCUCUAAUAGAUCACUUAUGCGAAGGCAUGAGUUUAACACUUAUAGGACAAAUUGACCCAAAGUGCAAUGGCUUCUCUAUCAACUUUAUUUAUCCGACUGAGGCAGAGGAUAUCGCUCUUCACAUCAAUCCGAGACUUGUGCGUAAAUUUAUUGUGCGUAAUACCAAAUUGAAUGGAUUUUGGGGUCCCGAAGAAGUCGAUACACCAACUUCAUUUACACUCUCUCGCGGCAGUAGAUUUAAAAUUCAGGUGCUCGUCACCAGCGAUUACUACUUGAUAUCGAUAAACAAUCAAGCCUUUGCUCAGUACAAACAUCGUCUGCCCUUUGAAGCGGUACGAAUUUUACGGGUCGAUGGAGACGUGGAACUUUAUCGGAUUUAUCGCACCUUUGUCAUUGGGUACCCCAGCGGUUUUCCACAUUUCGGGCCCUCUGUUGGUGAAUUAUAUGAACUACCUCUUGUCGAAAAUUGUGUACCAAUUGGUGAGCUUUCUGAAGGCUACAGUUUCAUCUUUUCCGGCAGAGUUGCCAGUAAUUGUGAUCAAUUCUCUAUUAAUUUUGUGUAUGACAAUAAGAAACGCGAUGUAGCUCUGCAUGUCGCGACACGAUUUGAAAAUAAAUGCAUAGUGCGUAACACGAAAAAAAAUAAUGUCUGGGGUCGCCAGGAAGUUUCCGCAGAGCUUCCAUUCCUACUCAGUCGAGAAGGCACUUUUACUAUACAGGUGCUCGUAACGACCGCCUGUUAUUUAAUAUCGAUAAAUGGACACCACUUUGCCCAGUUCACCCAUCGAAUGUCCUACGAAGCGGUUCGUUUCCUCGAAGUCUUGGGUGAGGUGGAAAAUGCACAGAUCUAUCGCACAAUGGUUCACGGUUAUCCAUAAGAGAUAAAUUUAAGAUGUAAUAAUUCAUUUGAAAAUUUAUUUAAUUAUACUAUUUUAAGCAUUUACUCGUAUC